AUGGAAGCAUCACUGCUUUACGUCCUGAGGAAGCUUUACGGCGAAACGCGUAGACGACGCAGUGACGCACGCCUGUUAUGUAUUGACGCAAAGGGGAAGGAGCACCAGGGAAAUUCGAAAGACACCAUGCCGAUGCUCAGUACUGCGCGGCGGCCGGAGAUUUCUACACCAUCCGUGGAGGACAAGUGGCAGCCGGCUGCAAAGCUGAUCGAGCCUGGGCUAAGACAACCAUAA